AUGCGAAAGGGGCUGAUGCCCAAAGCCUGGAGACACUCCAACAAGCUGGACUGCCUGGGCCUCACCUUCUCAAGCAACUGGGAGACCCAACCGAAGCACAGACUGACGUUCGUCCACCACCACAGAUGCUUGGGGAGCCUGGUGACUGUCAGGAUUGCGCCCUCCUUGAAACACAGACCACCCCUGCUGGCCAACCUGGCAGAAGAACCCCUUUGCACCAGGAGAACCCUGGAAAAGCAGCGACAGGACCCCUGCUCCAAGGAGGCCAUGUUGCAGGCCCUGUGGCAAUGCCACAAGGGCAAGAGGAAGUUUGAGGAGCCCCUGUGGUUUGAGGUCCUGGACAGUAAGAAACCGAAGGUGAUCCCGGAGGCCGGGCGGUCUGCCUUCAGGCCCCUGAAAAAUGGCAAGACCCCUGCCUUCGUGCCCAGGCCAGGCUCGCUGAAGAAACAGCCUGGUACCUGGACCUGCAGCCUCUGUGAGAAGUGGAUUGGUCCUGGAUACAACAAGGAAUCUUUCCUGAAGAGAUCCCAGCCAUCUCCCUUUGCCACCAAGACCCCGCUGCCCAUGGCUGAUAAGAAACCAGAAAUGGACCCUUUCUCUAAGGCAGCAGCAGACCUGGGGGUCAACCUGGCUUACAGCCCAUGCCAUCAGUCUGCAUGUCGUGAGGGGUAG